ACACCAUUAACAUUUGUUUUAUUUUAUAAACGACAUCAUUAGCUAGUAACUAAAAACUCACUGUCACUGUUAAUAAUAAUUAAAUGAUGACGUGGCACUUCGUAUAUAUAUCUUAAACUCCUGAUUAGCGCUCUAAUCCAAACUCAAUUCCUCCUGUGAUUAAUGAUUACCGCUAAAACUUCAGUUAUUUCUUACUUACAAAACCAAAAACACCAAAGUUUCUCUUUCUACUUCUUCUUGUCGCUCUUGGCUCACCGGUCUGUCAACUCGCCGGAGCUACCGCUUUCUUGGGCCACACGACUGUCGAAGAAAGCGAGUGCUCACGUAAGUCUUGUUUGUUAUCACCGUAAGUUUUCUUGUGGUUUCUCUGAUCUUGGCGGAUAAAGAUUGUCUGUGGGUGGAUUUUGAUUAAUCAAAUUGCAAUGACUGUACUUGAAUCUUUUAAAUUGCUUAUUAGAGGAGUCUCGUAUUAGUUUUAAUGAUAAAUUGAGUUUGUAGAUUGUGUAUGAAAAUGAUUUGAUGAAAUGCCUGAAUGAAUUUAACGAUCCUAAAUAAUCCAAACUUGAAGUUUUUUCAGUAAUCCACUCAUGAACAUUGGAGUUUUAGAGUAUGUAUACACAUUAUUAUUAUUAUAUAUCUAUAUACUGUUCGUGUAUGAAUAAAAGCAUUUCAUUUCUUGAGUUUUUUUUAACAGUUAUGGCUUUCUUUUUGAUGUAUGAAGAGGGCUUUUUUUCCUUUUCAAGAGAAAUUCCUUGUUAAGAAAACAGAACCAUUUAUGUAUAUUGAUAAAAUUAAAGUGCUUUGUUAGUUAUCUUCUAAUCUCAGAUCUAUCAAGCUUAGACACUCUUAGUCUUAGAGCCAUGUCAACCAAAGAGCCAUGUCAAAAUGACUUCACUCAACGUUUUAAGUUAUCUUCUUGUAGAGGCUUCAUUGUACUCUAUAUGAAUAAUGACGUUCUUCCUGCUAAAAGAAGUCCCCUGGUUUGUGUUUGUCAAGUACCAAAUCAGAUAACAUAUGCAGAUUUUUGCCAGUUCUGUGGUCCUGAUUUUAUAAAUCAAAUUUCGCAAAUGCAAAUUAUCAGAAUUUCUGAUCAUAAUGAGAAUCGUUGUUAUAGCAUUCUGAUUAAGUUUUAUUGUCAAGACUCUGCUGAUAGAUUUUUCAGGCACUUCAAUACCCAAUUCUGAUCGUAUGAUUCACCCCACAUCCAAUUGAACUUGGAAACGUUAACUUGAACAAUUUUUUUAAUCAUAAUUCUCUUUUUUUUUAUCUGUCUCUUGUUUUGAAUUUAGAAAGUGGUUUGUCGUGUGUAUUUCACGGCUCAAGAACGGUACAUUUACCAGAAAGCUAUUGAGUCUCGGGAAAUUUCAGCUAAAAAGCCGCCCAUUUGUCUGAUUUGUCUUGCGAAGUAAUAAUUUUUGCUCUCUCUUCUUUCAUUUUUAUUUUUGUGUUUGAUGCAAUUGCUCAGUCUAAAGAGGGACAUGACAUAAGACAUUGGAAAGAUACACAGCACCUUUAUUUUCAGUCUUAUCAAAUCAAAACAAGAUUGUGAUGAUGUGGUUCGAAGUAUAUUGCUGAGAACCCUUUGAUUAUCUUUUCUCACCCGAGCCUAACCAAUGCAAAAGUCUGCAACUUGAUGACGAUCGACGGUUCGGGCUGGGAGGAAGACAUUCUUAGUGAUUUUCUACUGCCUCGUGAUAGAGUGUUGGUGCAGUCUAUCCCUGUUCUAUCUCGAUCAAUGAUGGAUACCUUAAAUUGGUCGCUUGAUCUUUCUGGGUUAUAUUCAGUGAAGAGUGCAUAUAAACUUCUGCAGCAACUUAAUGGGGAGUUUGGGUUGGAUGUUUUAGCUGAAGACAGGUUUUGGAGGAAGCUGUGGAAGCUAAAAACCCACCCAAAAUGAAAAAUUUGUUAUGGCGUGCAACGAAAAUUUGUCUCCUAACAAUGACACAGCUGCAAUUGAAAAGAGUACAUGUGAAUUUCACUUGUCCGGUCUGCAAUAUGGCUCCAGACCAUUGAACAUGCUCUUUUAUUGUGUCCAGUUGAAGUAGCUGUGUGGAAUCGGGUGGGUAUUGGCACGGUAUUGCAGCAUGAGUUCUCUUUUUUGGGUUGGUGCAUGUAUCAGUUUGAAAUUCUUGUUUGGAUAAUGCAAACUUACUGGUGGCUUUGUGCUGGGCAAUCUGGAAUGCUAAGAAUGAUAAAGUUUGGCAAGAUAGGGUUAUGGAGAUCGAAGGCAUCGUUGCAUCUGCAACAAACUACCUUAAUCAAUGGGGUGUUGCUCAAAAUUCAAACAAUGAGCUAUUGUUCACCGGGUUCAUUCUGGGGGAUGGGGCUGAGCAUUAGAGUGCUCCAAGUGUUAAUAGUAUUAAGGUGUAUGUUGAUGCGGCUAUGUUUAAUGAUUCUUCUACCUAUGGAGUUGGUUUUGUGGCGAGAGAUUCCAGUGGUUUCUUGGUUGAAGGCGGUACAAAGUUGUUUCAUGGCGCGAUUUCUCCAGUGGUGGCCGAAGCAAUUGGAGUCCGGGAGGCAUUGAGUUGGAUCAAAGAUCAUUCAUGGCUUUAUCUGACUUUAGAAACGGAUUACAUUUUAGUUGUUGAAGCUGUUUGUAGCUCUAUGGUUAUGUUUUCUUUAUUUGGCAAAGUUGUUAGUGAUUGUAAGAAUUUGUUAAGUUCUUUGCGUAAUGUUUCUUUUCAUUUUGUAAAACGAUCAACAAGUGUAGCGGCUCAUUCUUUUGCGAGGGCCUCUAUAUCUUACCCUGAUCGUCUGUUCAACUUGUACACUGUUCCAGUUGAGUUGUUGUCUAGUUUGGUAACAUAGAUUUUCGUUUAAUAAAAUAACUUUCAAUUAAAAAAAAAAACAAAAUAAAAUUUCCAAUUAAUAAUUUAGAAAAGAUAUAAGUCUCUCUCAUAAAACUCUUUUAGUUUUUCAGCUAUGAAGUAGCUAUUGUGUUUAGUAUUAAGAUAUUUUAUAAUUUGUU